CUUCAGACCCAAGCUCUCUCCCUCUCGAUUUCUCUUUCACUGGUGAAUGUAAGCGCGUUACGUUAAACACUUGGUCUAUUGCUUCUUGAUUUUAGAUUUCAAUCUAUGUUUUUGAGCUGAGCAUUUUCUGUUAGAGAUGUCUCGAAGAUAUGACAGCCGCACAACAAUCUUUUCCCCAGAAGGGCGCCUCUACCAAGUUGAGUACGCAAUGGAAGCUAUUGGAAAUGCAGGGAGUGCUAUUGGAAUUCUGGCUAAAGAUGGAGUUGUGUUAGUCGGUGAAAAGAAGGUCAUAUCCAAGUUGCUCGAAACCUCCACAUCAGUCGAGAAGAUGUACAAGAUUGAUGAUCACGUAGCGUGUGCUGUGGCUGGAAUCAUGUCGGAUGCCAAUAUCCUCGUCAACACAGCACGGCUCCAGGCCCAGCGCUACUCAUUUGCCUACCAAGAGCCAAUGCCACUAGAGCAGCUAGUUCAGUCUCUAUGCGACACCAAGCAGGGCUACACACAGUAUGGCGGCCUUCGCCCUUUUGGUGUUUCCUUUCUGUUUGCAGGCUGGGACAAGAACUAUGGGUUUCAGCUUUACAUGAGCGACCCGAGUGGGAAUUUCAGUGGCUGGAAAGCUGCAGCAAUUGGGGCGAACAACCAAGCUGCACAGUCCAUACUCAAGCAGGAUUACAAAGACGACAUCACCAGAGAAGAGGCUGCUCAGCUUGCUAUAAAGGUGCUCAGCAAGACCAUGGAUAGCACCAGCCUCAACUCGGAGAAGCUUGAAUUGGCUGAGAUAUUCCUGGCUGCUGGGACCGUGAAGUUCCAGAUGUGCCCUUCUGAUAAGCUCAACAAGAUGCUGGUGAAGUCGGGUUUAACGCAACCUUCUGCAGACGCGUAGUGAGUAUGAUCCUUGCAUCUCGCCUCAUUAAUAUUUGAGUAUAAACGAUCUUUUGAAUCCGUUUUCAGUUUUGAAUAAUCAAUUUGCAGAUCCUAAUCAAUGAUAUACAAUCAUAAGCCCAUUUCUUUAGCUGUUAUCGACUUAGAGAGAUUGGCCGUUGCCAUUGUUGAUUUACAUUUCCCACACUAAAUCUAGUCUUAUUUUCAGUUGA